AUGUCUGGCCAUAACGCUAAGAAUUGUCGAACAAACAAUAAUAGUAACAAUCAAAGUAAACUUUCGGUAAUCUGUCAGUGGUGUGAUAAGCCAGGACAUUCGGCUAGUAAUUGUUGGAAAAAACAAAAUGAGCAACAUAAUACACAAAACAAAACAAAAGUCAUUUGUCAAAUUUGCAAUAAUUUUGGACAUGUUGCUAAAGAUUGUCGAGCUAGGAUAGGGCAAAGUGUGGCACCUUCCAGCUCAUUAUUCUGUCGAUACUGUAAGGGACAAGGACAUCUCCUCGAAAGUUGUGAAUUACUCGCUAGCAAUAAAAGAAGAGAAAUGAACGAACAGGGAAACUCCGACGGCUCCUUGAAGCCGGGUGUGCAACAGGGGCCCGAGCGAGCCUCACACCCGUCGACAUCGAAAAAGGUCCAAUAA